AUGAAGCUCUUCGUCCCCGCCCUGCUGGCCCUUGGAGCCCUUGGGCUGUGUCUGGCUGCCCCAAGGAAAAAUGUUCGGUGGUGUGCCAUUUCACAGCCAGAGUGGUCCAAAUGCUACCGAUGGCAGUGGAGGAUGAAGAAGCUGGGUACUCCCUCUGUCACCUGUGUGAGGAGGACCUCUGCCUUGGAAUGUAUCCGGGCCAUCGCGGCAAAAAAGGCGGAUGCUGUGACCCUGGAUAGUGGCUUGGUGUUUGAGGCAGGCCUGGACCCUUACAAACUGCGGCCAGUAGCGGCAGAGAUCUACGGGACGGAAAAGUCUCCCCAAACCCACUAUUAUGCUGUGGCCGUUGUGAAGAAGGGCAGCAACUUUCAGCUGGACCAACUGCAAGGCCGGAAGUCCUGCCACACGGGCCUUGGCAGGUCCGCUGGGUGGAACAUCCCUAUGGGAAUCCUUCGCCCGUUCUUGGGCUGGACAGAGUCACUUGAGCCCCUCCAGGGAGCUGUGGCCAAAUUCUUCUCUGCCAGCUGUGUUCCCUGCGUUGAUGGAAACGCGUACCCCAACCUGUGUCAACUGUGCAAGGGGACGGGGGAGAACCAGUGCGCCUGCUCCCCCCAGGAACCAUACUUCGGGUAUUCUGGUGCCUUCAGGUGUCUACAGGACGGGGCUGGAGAUGUGGCUUUUAUCAAGGAGACGACAGUGUUUGAGAACUUGCCAGAGAAGGCUGACAGGGACCAGUAUGAGCUGCUCUGCCUAAACAACUCUCGGGCGCCAGUGGAUGCAUUCAAGGAGUGCCACCUGGCUCAGGUCCCUUCUCAUGCAGUUGUGGCCCGCAGUGUGGAUGGCAAGGAGGACUUGAUCUGGCAGCUUCUCAGCAAGGCACAGGAGAAGUUUGGAAAAAACAAGUCUCAGAGCUUCCAGCUCUUUGGCUCUCCACGCAACCAGAGGGACCUGCUGUUCAAAGACUCUGCCCUUGGGUUUUUGAGGAUCCCCUCAAAGAUAGAUUCGGAGCUGUACCUGGGCGCCCGCUACUUGACCGCCUUGAAGAACCUCAGGGAAACUGCGGAGGAGGUGAAGGCGCGGUCCACGCGGGUGGUGUGGUGCGCGGUGGGACCCGAGGAGGAGAAGAAGUGUCAGCAGUGGAGCCAGCAGAGCGACCAGAACGUGACCUGUGCCACGGCCUCCACCACCGACGACUGCAUCGCCCUGGUGCUGAAAGGAGAAGCGGAUGCCCUGAGCUUGGAUGGAGGAUAUAUCUACACUGCGGGCAAGUGUGGUCUGGUGCCUGUCAUGGCAGAGAACCGGAGUAAAGUCCACGGACCGGGCCCUGGGAGGCUAAGACUUGCUCUUCUGUUUGUCCAAGGGUACCUUGCUGUGGCAGUUGUCAAGAAAGCAAAUGAGGGGCUCACUUGGAAUUCUCUGAAAGGCAAGAAGUCAUGCCACACCGCCGUGGACAGGACUGCAGGCUGGAACAUCCCCAUGGGCCUGAUUGCCAACCAGACAGGCUCCUGCAAAUUUGAUGAAUUCUUUAGUCAGAGCUGUGCCCCUGGGGCCGACCCGAAAUCCAGUCUCUGUGCACUGUGUGCUGGCGAUGACCGGGGCCUGGACAAGUGUGUGCCCAACUCUAAGGAGAAGUAUUAUGGCUAUACCGGGGCUUUCCGGUGCCUGGCUGAGGACGUUGGGGACGUUGCAUUUGUGAAAAAUGACACAGUCUGGGAGAACACUAAUGGAGGGAGCAGUGCAGACUGGGCUAAGAACUUGAACCAGGAGGACUUCAGGUUGCUCUGCCUCGAUGGCACCAGGAAGCCUGUGACGGAGGCUCAGAGCUGCUACCUGGCGGCGGCCCCAAGUCACGCUGUGGUGUCUCGGAGCGAUAGGGCAGCACAUGUGGAACAGGUGCUGCUCCACCAGCAGGUUCUGUUUGGGAGAAAUGGAAAAGACUGCCCGGACAAGUUUUGUUUGUUCAAAUCUGAAACCAAAAACCUUCUGUUCAAUGACAACACUGAGUGUCUGGCCAAACUUGAAGGCAGACCAACGUACGAAAAAUAUCUGGGGACAGAGUAUGUCACGGCUAUUGCCAACCUGAAAAAAUGCUCAACCUCCCCGCUUCUGGAAGCCUGUGCCUUCCUGACGAGGUAA